UGGCUCCAGGCAACCGGCGAGGCCGCGAUGGCGGACGACCUGGAUGAGCUGCUGGACGAAGUGGAGCUGCGAUUCUGCAGAGGCGGCUCUACGGCGGCGGGGGCGGGCCGCGAGGGGGACGAGAGGACGGGCAAAAGCCCGGGCAAGGAGGUGAAAAUCAGCUCACCUUCAGUUGAAACUUUCCAAGAAGAAGAUGAUUUAAAUGAUCUAAUUAACGAUAUUUUUUAUGAUGAGCCAAGCGUAUCAGACCAUUCUAUGUCAAGCCCAGGAGCAGUAACAAAUUGCGUAGGUCAGAGGGCCAAAGGUACAAAGUGUUCCCCAGUUUAUCUGGGUGGUAGCUCUGCACCCCUUGGACUGGGAACUAAUACUUCUUACAGAACAUGUGAUCAACUCCGCUGUACUUCCUGUGACUUCAGGGUGGUGAUGCUUGAUGACUAUGAAUGGAACAAGUCAUGUGACUACCUUUUUUUCAGACAUCCAGGAGCAUGCCAGAAUCAAGUGAUUCCUGAAAGAUCAUGACCAAUGCAUCUGCUAUCUCUCCAGCAACCUCUCUCAGGACUCCGGGAUGUAGUUCAUCUGAUCCAGGUGACUUAUCCACCUUAAGACCAUUCAGUUUGUUAGCAUUUUUUCCUUUGUAAUACCAAUGGCACUCAGUCCUGCUCCCUGUAUGAUCAGCCAUGAUCACAGUGAAUGGCGGUGCUGGCUAGAAGGGCCGAAUGGUCUACUCCUGCACCUACUGUCUAUUGUCUGACACUCAUGGACCUCUGGCACACUGCUAAUGUCUUCCACAGUGAAGACAGAUGCAAAAUACUCAUUAAGUUCAUCUGCUAUUUCUUUGUCCCCCAUUACUACCUCACCAGCAUCAUUUUCCAGUGGUCCAAUAUCAGCUCUCACCUCCCUUUUGUUCUUUAUAUAACUGAAAAAACGUUGGGUAUCCUCCUUUAUAUUAUUGGCUAGAUUGCCCUCAUAUUUCGUUUCCUUUUUUAUCGUUUUUUUAGUUACCUUUUAUUAGAUUUUAAAAGUUCCCCAAUCAUCCAACUUCUCACUCAUUUAUAUGCCCUUUCCUUGGCUUUUAUGUAGUCCUUAACUUCCCUUGUCAGCCAUGGUUGCCUAGCCCUACCAUUUGAGAAACAUGCCUUGUGAACUAUUCCCAGAAACUUCAGCCAUCUCUGCUCUGCCAUCACCCCCACCAGUAUCCUCCUCCAAUCCACCUGGGCAAGCUCCUCUCUCAUGCUUCUGUACUUCCCUUUAUUCCAUUGUGAUACUGAUGCAUGUGAUUUAUGCUUUUACUACCACUCUUUGGCUUCUCCCACAAAGCCAAUGUCUAAUCCAAUUUACUACCUUAUCUUGAAUGACUAAUGCCUGAACCAUCUUGCCCAACCUCCCACGCAGAACCUUGUCAAAUGCCUUGCUAAGGUCCAUGUAAACAACACGCACUGCUUUGCCUUCAUGAACUUUCCUGUUAACUUACUUAAAAACACUGUAGGAUUGGUUAGACAUGACUUACCAUGCACAAGAGCUAUGCUGACUAUCCUUAAUUUUCUCAUUGCCUCCGAGUUAUCCUUAAUAAUAGACCUCACAUCUUCCCAACCACUGAAGUCAGGCUAACUGGCCAAAAAUUUCCUUUCUUCUGCCACCUUCUCUUAAAGUGUAGAGUGACAUUUGCAAUUUUCCAGUGCUCAGGAAGCAUUCCAGAAUCUACUGAUUCUUGAAAGAUCAUCGCUACCAUCUUCAGCUACCUCUUAAGAAACCGUGGUGUGCAGUCCAUCAAAUCUAGGUGACUUAUCUAUCUUCAGGCUUAUCAGCUUCCAAAGUUUUUCCUCAGUAAAAGCAACAACGCUCACUUCUACCCCCAACACUCGAAUUUCUAGUGUCUUCCACACUGAUGUAAAAUACUGAAGUUCUUUCACCAUUUCUAUGUCCCUCAUUACUACCUGUCCAGCAUCAUUUUCCAGCGGUCCUCUCUCUAUAUAUGUCAGAAAAAACCUAGUGGUUGGUAAGUUGAUGGAGAAAAUCCUGAGAGGCAGGAUUUAUGAACUUUUGGAGAGGCAUAUUAUGAUUAGGAAUAGUCAGCAUGGCUUUGUCAAAGGCAGGUCUUGACUUACGAGCCUGAUUGAAUUUUUGAGGAUGUGACUAAACACAUUGAUGAAGGUAGAGCCAUAGAUGUAGUGUAAAUGGAUUUUAGCAAGGCAUUUGAUAAGGUACCCCAUGCAGGGCUUAUUAAGAAAGUAAGGAGUCAUGGGAUCCAAGGGGACGUUGCUUUGUGGAUCCAGAACUGGCUUGCCCACAGAGGGCAAUGAGUAGUUGUAGACAGGUCAUAUUCUGCAUGGUGACCAAUGGUGUGCCUAAGGAAUGUGUUCUGGGACCCCUACUCUGUGAUUUUUAUAAAUGACCUGGAUGAGGAAGUGGAGGGAUGGACUAGUAAAUUUGCUGAUGACACAAAGGUUGAAAUGUUGUGGGUAGUGUAGAGGGCUGUCAAUGGUUACAAUGGGACAUUGAUAGGAUGCAAAGAAGUGACAGAUGGAGUUCAACCCAGAUAAUUGUGAGGUGGUUCAUUUUGGUAGGUCAAAUAUAAUGGCAGAAUAUAGUAUUAAUGGUAAGACUCUUGGCAGUGUGGAGGAUCAGAGGGAUCUUCGGGUCCGAGUCCAUAGGACACUCAAAGCUGCUACGCAGAUUGACUCUGUGGUUAAGAAGGCAUACGGUGCAUUGGCCUUCAUCGAUCAUGGGAUUGAAUUAAAGAGCCAAGAGGUAAUGUUGCAGCUAUUUAGGACCCUGGUCAGACCCCACUUGGAGUACGGUGCUCAAUUCUGGUUGCCUCACUACAGGAAGUAUGUGAAAACCAUAGAAAGAGUGCAGAGGAGAUUUACAAGGAUAUUGCCUGGAAUGUGGAGCAUGCCUUAUGAGAAUAGGUUGAGUGAAGCAGCGUUUUCUCCUUGGAGUGACAGAGGAUGAGAGGUGACCUGAUAGAGGUGUACAAGAUAAUGAGAGGCAUUGAUCAUAUAGAUAGUCAGAGGCUAUUCCCCAGGGCUUAAUUGGCUAGCACGAGAGGGCAUAGUUUUAAGGUGCCUGGAAGUAGGUACAGAGGAGAUGUCGGGUAAGUUUUUUUACACGGAGAGUGGUGAGUGCGUGGAAUGGGCUGCCGGUGGCGGCGGUGGAGGCGGAAACUCCUGGAUGGCGACAUGGAGCUUAGGAAAAUAGAGGGCUAUUGGUAAAGCCUAGAUAGUUCUAAGGUAAGAACAAAUUUGGCACAGCUUUGUGCGCCAAAGACCCUGUAUUGUGCUGUAUGUUUUCUAUGUUUCUAUGUAUCCACUUGUAUUAUUGGCUAGCUUCUUCCUUAUUCCUGCAGAAGGACAUAGACGGGGAAUGGGCAAAGAAGUGACAGAUAGAAUAUAGUGUAAGGAAGUGCAUGAUCAUGCACUUUGGCAGAAUGAAUAAUGGCAUGGACUAAUUUCUAACUGGGGAGAAAAUUUUUAAAAAUCACAGGUGCCGAGAGGCUUGGUAGUCCUCAUGCAGGAUUUCCUAAAGGUUAAUUUUCAGCUUGAGUCAAUGGUCAGGAAAGCAAAUGCAAUACUAGCAUUUAUUUUGGGAAGACUGAAGUACAAAAGCAAAGGAGUGCUGUUGAGGCUUUGUAAGGCCUUUGCCAGACCACAUUUGAGUAUUGUGAGCAGUCUGGGGCCUCUUAUCUAAAAAAGGACGUGCUGUCUUUGGAGAGGGUUCAGAGGAGGAUCACGAGUCUAUUAAAUGGCCCUGAGUCUGCCUUUCUAUCCACUCUGAUUAGUGUGUUCCAUACACCUACCAUGCUCUGCGUAAAAAAUCCUACCUCUGACAGUCCCCCUAUACUUACCUUCAAUCACCUUAAAAUUGGCCAUUUCUGCCUUGGGAGGGUCUUUUGCUGUCAAAUCAAUCAAUGCUUCUUAUCAUCUUGUGCACCUCUAUCAAGUCACCUCUCAUCCUUCUACACUUCAAAAGGAAAAGCCAUAGCUCACACAACAUCUCCGCAUAAGAUAUGCUCUCGAAUCCAGUAAAUCUUCUCUGCGCCCUCUCUAAAGUUUCUAUAUCCUUCCUAUAAUGAGGAGGCAUCAAACUGGGUGCAGUGAUUUACUAGUAACGUUCUCAUAAAAAACUUCACAAAUUUUAUAAACACAUUCACUUCAAUAGCUGAAAGUAAUUUUUACCAAAAUUUUAUA